GCGAGAGGAGGGCGGUCCCUGGCAGGAAACGGCGCGGCCGGGCGCAGGGCUGCCCUUGGAAGAGGCAUCGCUCCGUCAUGGCGCCCCGCACAUUCCCUUUGCUCAAGUUGAUGGCCAAAGCAGGACUGGCCGGCGGUGCCCUUUACGUGGUUUACUCCCAGGGGCUGCUGGGGAGCAGCAAUAAAGGUGCCGAAGCCCUCCAUAAAGCCAAAGCAGCUGUUCCUCCAGCCGUGGAAGAAUGGACGAAAUAUUUCGGUUGGCAGCUUCCAGCGGUUCCAAAAACUGAAUUUUCCCUCUGCAAUGCCUGGAACUCAGGGGUCCGUACUGUCAUAAGUGCCCUUUCCAUCGCCCCCACCAAGAGCUGCGAAUACACACAACAAGGAUGGAAAUACAUCAAAGAGCUGGUGAAAUGAAGGCAGCUGCCGGAGCAGCAGCGUUGCAUCGUCCUCUUGCCGUCCAGCAGAAAUUAUCUCCGUCCGGCUUUGCAGAAAAGCAACCCUGUUUUAUAACCAGGGGUUAUAAAAGAGCCGCCAGACAGCCUAUUAUUAUUUUUUUUGUUUUUCAUCAGACUGUUCUGACUCUUGAUUUCUGUAUUUGGCAAAGCCAAUUCGAGGUCGGGAUAAAGCUGUUGGGGCCCUCGUCUCUUGGCUGCGUUACCAAAUUAAAGUUGGAAUGUGUGGGUUUGCGAAAAA